GGUGGGGUGCGUGCUGGGGCGCGUGUUGAAAAAGAGGAGUGCUGCCAAAGUUUGGGUCAGAUCGGCUCGUGGAGUGUAAGCAGUCAAGAGAGAGUUGGACGAGAGUUAGCCACACGGUCCCCACGCGAAGGACACGAGAGCUGAACACUGCCAACCCACUCACUUACUCUCUGAAUUCAUCACGUUAGAAGCUCUGUCAGCGAGAUGGAAACUGCGACCAUCACCACUACGCAGACAGCAUUCACCUUCGGACGCGCCACCAUCAGUCUGCACGCACCGGCCCAGGACGCAGCGGGACCCGCAGCGCACCCGAACGCCAGCGCGACAGUCGCCUUCCAGAGCAAAACCAAGGUGCUGAAGAGACAGCGCUCCAGCUCCCCGGAGCUUCUGCGCUGCAAGCGGCGCCUGAGCUUCAACGGCCUCGGCUACUCCAUUCCACAACAGCAACCCGUGGCCGUGGCCCGGCGGAACGAGAGGGAGCGGAACCGGGUCAAGCAGGUCAACAUGGGCUUCCAGACGCUGCGUCAGCACGUGCCGAACGGCGCCGCUAACAAGAAGAUGAGCAAAGUAGAGACGCUCAGGUCCGCGGUGGAGUACAUCAGGGCUCUGCAGCAGCUCCUCGACGAGCACGACGCAGUCUCAGCCGCGUUCCAGUGCGGGCUGCCGUCCCCGACGCUCUCCAACAGCUACUCCGCCGACCCGGAGUCGCCUCACUCCACCUACUCGUCAGACGAAGGCGGCUACGAGCCUCUGAGCUCAGAGGAGCAGGAACUGUUGGACUUUACAACCUGGUUUGACAGAUACUGACGCCGACAGCGCCGCAAUCAAACUCUUCUGGCAUGAAUCGGACUUCUCGCAAGAAGUGCUGACACAGCUUUCUUCAGCCUGCGCGCUGUGCUUGCAGGUGAUUUGUAUCCCUUGAAGCUUCUGAGGGAGCAAAGCAAUAGUGAGAAAGUGAGAGAGGGAGCAUCCUGUCGCAGAUAAAUAGCGGCCACCUUCCCCUUCUCUCCCUCCCCCGAAAGAAAGAGAGGAGCUGGACUCACACUGACGCGUGAAAAUGUUGACGCUCUGUUUGAUUAAGUGCAAUUAAGCUGCGACGGAGCAGGAUAAGUGCAGAGACGGUGCUGAAAUUCCUCCAGGAAACACGGACUGCCUUCCUCACCUGCUGCACUUUUUUUUCCCCCUCCUGGAAGAUGACGCGUCAACGGACAUUUUUUCAGUUAUGACGUAGUAGCUUACAUUUCGUAACACUGUAACAUAGGACACAAUGUUUUAACACGGAGACAUUAUUUUUGUACAAUGAGCCAAACAAAAAAAAAAAAAAAUGUUAUUACUGCCACUUUUUCUGACAGCGUUGUUGCCCUGAGAAGCAGCUGUCAGGUAUGGCAUGUGUGACGCGUAUGACUACCUGUGACCGAUUGUAGUGUUUUUCUUCUUUUUGAUAGAGAACCUUUAUUGAUGUGUGCACUUGUUUCUCGUAGUCGAAAAUGUAAAUAUUCGAUUUUAACAGAUAUAUUUUGUGUAAAACAAGUUUUUUUUAAAUAAAG